AUGACCAGUAGCAAUAUCAACAAAAUUGUGCGCAGCAAUUUGAAUUUAAAGCCGUGGGUGCUUUCAAAAAAUUCUACCGAAAUUGUUAAUGCAUGCAUAAAGAAUAUCUAUCAGCAGAUACCAAACAAUUUCAGGAAUGGUCUUAAACAGACCAAAAUGGCUUCAGUCAGGUUAGAGAACGUGGGUCCGGUUCGUAGCUUUAGGAAUCAGGCACCUAUUACGAUUCCGGAAAUCAAGCCGAAGCCAAUUAAAAAACAAAGGGUCGUCCAAAGACAGGAGAAGCUUCUGAGUCUUUUAGGAACCGCAGAGAAGCACAGUACGCAAAUCAAGAAGAACUCAGUAGCAAACCUUGGGUCAGGCAAGAAAUUGCUUAAAUCGCCAAAUUGCAAGAUAUACGGGUCACGUCGCUUUGGUUCGAGUGCUAGUAGUUCGCAUACAAGCCUCUUUAGGCGGCAUGACGAUCGUCAUAGCCAAAGGCAUUACCCAAUUAAUUAUUUGCUCCGUUCUUUUAAUACUGGUCAAUUUGACAGAACCUUGACCAAGAGUCUGGUAGAGUCGCGCAACCAAAAUGUGGAAGGUCGCUUAGGCUCAGUUCAAGACGCUGAAAAAUUUAGCUCUAUGAUGCUCAACGAUCUCAUGGUGGUUGAUAAAGCAGUUCUACGACGAUUGUCGGCCGGCGCUAAAGCCAAAUCCACGAAAAAGGAAACACAUUUUACAGUUAAAGAUCGUUUAAAUGCGUGGCACCAUCCUCCAAGCAUUGACCAAUUUCGUGACAUUACAUUGAUUGACAAAGCGCUCCAAAAGCGUACAUCCUAUGAUCAAACCGCUUGGGAAAAUAUAUCAGCGGAACAUAGGGCCCUCAUUAAAAAAUCGAUACCGGCCGUACCAUUUCGUCACCCAGCACCACCAAAAGAGUAUUUCACUUCACCUCAUGACCGCAACAACACAGAGUUGCACGAGAAGCAUAGACGGCAACGUAUGAAAAAGUUGGGUCUUAUAGAUAAUUCUCCCCGAUCAUCUAAACAGCGAAUAGAUAAUCCAACCUCAACGAACGCGCUUGAAGAAAGUUCAACUCCGAAACCGCAACCGCAGCACCAAGUUGGUGAAAUUUACAAUGCGGCUAAUUAUGCCAAAGUAGCUUCAGCUGGUAAACCGGGCGGCACCCAUAAUCAACUGGAAUCUUCUUCAGCUCAAUUCGAAGCGACUCGAGAAGCUGUUAAUCGAUCGCGCCGACAACCAUCCGUCAGCCAUUUCCCGGCCGUUAAUACCAAUACUUCUACUGCCAAGCCGUUAGUUGCAUCUCCAGACAAUGUAUCGCCCCCGUCCCCCUUAAGUGCAAUCGCACAUACCCAAAAAGAAGAACUGAUCACAGACGAUAUAGAUCAAGCUGAACAAUGUGAAAAGCCAAAUCUCGCCAUCAAGAGUCCAGCCACACCUUCCAUGUUAACAUCUCCGCUGGCAGCGUCUGUGAACGCUAACCUAAACACUUACGGUUCCUAUCGUUAUAAUCGCUCCAGCUAUUUUCCGCCGACCAAGUACUAA